AUGGAAAGAAAAAAGCUAGAGUUAAACGAUAAAAGCAAUGACACUCCUGAAGCAGAUGUUUGUGCAACUGAAGAUGCAUCUGAAAAGUUACUCGAGGAACGAGGGACGAGGGGAAUUGUUUGGGUGAGUUUGGCUUUUUCGGCCAUCAACAGUGGUGGCUGGAGCGGUAGUCGGCGGUGGCCGGUACGGCAGAGAACCUCGUCGGGGUUGGACCAACUAUUUGGUCGGAGAGGGGAGUUGAGAGGAUUGGUUGAAGAUUCCAACCUUUCACAUCGCACAUCAGUUCAUAAAGCGGUUGGUGGUGGGCGAGUUGCUGAUUUGCUAUUGUGGAGAAGAUGGUGUAGCGGAGCUAUGCUGUUAGUCUCGGCAACGACGAUGUAUUACUUAUUCGAAAUAGCUGGUUAUGAUUUCUUACCUUUCGUGGCCAACGUUUUGUUGCUCUUUGUUGUUAUCCUCUUCUUCUGGGCCAAAUCUGCUUCACUUCUCAACAGACCUUUGCCACCAAUUCCUAAUAUGGAAAUUUCUGAGAGAACUAUUGGAAUGGUUUCUGAUGAGUUACACGGAUGGAUUAAUUGUGUAUUGGCGAUUGCACAUGACAUUACAAUUGGUAGGAAUUUGAAACUUUUUAUUAAGGUUGCUGUUGGCUUGUGGUUUGUAUCAUUCAUUGGUAGUCUUGUCAACUUCCUCACUCUGGUCUAUAUCGGGGUUAUUUUCAUUCUAUCGGUUCCGUUGGUAUAUGAUAAGUUCCAGCAUCAAAUCGAUGAAAAACUUUCUGUAGCGGACAGAACCAUUCAAGAACAGUUUAGGAAAAUUGAUGAAACGGUCUUAAGUAGGCUUCCAUUUUUCUCAAACAAGGAAAAGAAGAUGCAGUAGGUGUUUCAGGUGGCUAAGUGUGACAAGAGGAAUAUAGGAUUGGGUUUUAAAGAUGUGAAGCUUUUGGUUUCUUUUUGCACGAUGCCCUCAAUUUUUCUUGUACUAGUCGAGUUUCUGUAGGAGCUACUGAACUAACCUUGACAGCCCAUAUUGUUGAGAGAAGUUUCAUUUUAGUUUUUACCCAUAUGAGAAC